AUGAGAUGUAACAGCUGUUGGAAAGAAGUUGAAAACUCUGAGCUGUACGUCGUGGUGAAGUGCAAACACGUGUUUUGUGAAGAAUGCGCACAGAAGGCGUGGAUGGGCGGUAACUAUAAAUGCCCCCUUUGUGGGGUUAUGUUGACGGAAGACGAUAUUUCUCGAAAUGAUUUCGGUGACGUCGAAACACUUUCUAAGCCACUUUUUGGCGUACCUCAAACAAAGUUAAAUGAAAUCGUCGAAAUGUUGUCAAGCUUUAACAACAAACAGGUCAAACUCAACGAGUUCAAGAUCCAGCACGACGCAAAAAUGGCUGAGAAAAAAGCAAAUGCGAGAAUCCAACAAAUCAUGGCGAAAGCGUUUGAAUACAGAAAACAACGAGACAGGUUUAAAGAGGAAGCCAAUGAAUAUAAAGUCCAGGCUGAGCGUCUUGAGUUAGAAAAUAAACGAUUGAAAAAUUUGAUUCAAGAAUACGAAGACGAAAAAAAACAAACAAAAGAAAUGGUCUUUCGACUCCAACAAGAAAAUUCUGACAACUCAAAUGCGUUUGGGGCAUCAAAGUUUUUUGAACCCAAGCAAAACAAACUUCCUUUUAUUGAAAAACGUUCUCCAACGGUAAUUCUUCCAAAAGAGUCCGAGUGUGUAAGCGACAAGUUUGCGGUUCUGAAAAAGAAUCGAGAGAGCAACAAAAACGUCGAACCAAUCAAAAAUAUCUUUGCGAUCAAAAAACCGAAGCCGUCGAUUCUGCAGUCUCCAGCUGUGAACCGUCGUGCGCCCAUUUUCACUUCGCCGCUGCGGAGUGUUGUAAUCCCGUUCACCCCGAUCUGA